GGAGAGCGGAGGAGCGCGGCGGAUGGCUCCCCUCGCCGGGGAGCGGCUACCCUGGCAGCUCUCUGAGGAGGGCAGGAGGGAGAGAGCGGGAGCGGGAGCAGCAGCAGCAUCAUCUUCCUCUGCAGCCUCUUUUUUUAUGCGGGCUGCCCCUUUCCGCCCAGGCGGCGCAGCCUGCCCCGUGCGGCGGGCCCAUCGCCUCCAUCCCGCCGCAUUUGGUAUGCAUGAGCACUGCCGUUCCCACGCAGGAGGUUGCUUUCUUAAGGAGGACCGGCGGUGGCCGCAGCCGCUCGCCCAGCCCAGCCCAGCCCUCUGCCCGCGCCGGGCCAGCCCUGCCCUGCGGCACCGCGGGCGCGGGCGCACCGCGCGUGGGAUGCCCGCGCCCCGGCGGGCGGUCUCGGCGGCCGGCGCUGGCAGGUGGGCGGCGGAGCUCCCCGCGGGGCUUGCCGAGGGGUCAUGAAUCAGACCGACGCUCCCCGGCCACUCAACUGGACCAUCCGGAAGCUGUGCCAUGCCGCCUUCCUCCCCUCCGUCAGACUCCUGAAGGCACAGAAAUCAUGGAUAGAAAGAGCAUUUUACAAGAGAGAAUGUGUUCAUAUCAUACCCAGCACCAAAGACCCCCAUAGGUGUUGCUGUGGGCGUCUAAUAGGUCAACAUGUUGGACUGACUCCAAGCAUCUCCGUUAUUCAGAAUGAGAAAAAUGAAAGCAGGCUUACUCGCAAUGACAUCCAGUCGGAGAAGUGGUCCAUCAGCAAGCACACGCAGCUCAGCCCGACGGACGCUUUUGGAACCAUUGAGUUCCAAGGAGGGGGCCACUCCAAUAAAGCCAUGUAUGUACGUGUGUCCUUUGACACAAAGCCUGACCUUCUUCUGCAUCUGAUGACCAAAGAGUGGCAGCUUGAGCUCCCUAAACUUCUCAUCUCUGUGCAUGGGGGCCUUCAGAAUUUUGAACUUCAGCCAAAACUCAAGCAAGUCUUUGGAAAAGGCCUCAUUAAGGCUGCUAUGACAACCGGAGCAUGGAUAUUCACUGGAGGAGUAAACACAGGAGUCAUUCGGCAUGUUGGAGAUGCAUUGAAAGAUCAUGCCUCAAAAUCUCGAGGGAAGAUCUGCACCAUCGGUAUAGCUCCCUGGGGAAUUGUGGAAAAUCAAGAGGAUCUUAUUGGCAAAGAUGUGGUCCGACCAUACCAGACAAUGUCCAAUCCCAUGAGUAAACUGACAGUGCUCAACAGUAUGCAUUCUCAUUUUAUUUUGGCUGACAAUGGCACUACUGGUAAAUAUGGAGCAGAGGUGAAACUUCGUAGACAGCUGGAAAAGCACAUUUCACUUCAGAAGAUAAAUACAAGAAUUGGUCAAGGGGUCCCAGUGGUGGCCCUCAUUGUGGAAGGAGGUCCCAAUGUUAUCUCCAUCGUUCUGGAGUACCUGCGAGACACUCCUCCUGUUCCUGUUGUGAUAUGCGAUGGCAGCGGCCGGGCAUCUGACAUUCUUGCCUUUGGUCAUAAAUACUCUGAAGAAGGAGGACUUAUCAACGAGUCUUUGAGGGACCAGUUGCUAGUUACCAUACAGAAGACUUUCACAUACACCCGAACCCAGGCACAGCACCUCUUCAUUAUCCUCAUGGAGUGCAUGAAGAAGAAGGAGCUGAUCACAGUAUUUCGCAUGGGAUCAGAAGGACAUCAGGAUAUUGAUUUAGCUAUCCUGACAGCAUUACUGAAAGGAGCUAACGCAUCUGCCCCAGACCAGCUGAGCCUAGCAUUAGCCUGGAACAGAGUAGACAUCGCCCGCAGUCAGAUCUUUAUUUACGGGCAACAGUGGCCGGUGGGCUCCCUUGAGCAAGCGAUGCUGGAUGCACUGGUGUUGGACAGAGUGGAUUUUGUGAAAUUACUCAUAGAAAAUGGAGUAAGCAUGCAUCGUUUUCUCACCAUCUCCCGGCUAGAGGAAUUAUACAACACGAGACACGGACCGUCCAACACUCUGUAUCAUCUAGUCAGGGAUGUCAAAAAGCGAGAAUAUCCAGGUUUCGGUUGGAUCUAUUUUAAGGGAAACUUACCCCCUGAUUAUCGGAUAAGUCUGAUUGAUAUCGGUUUGGUGAUCGAGUACCUGAUGGGAGGAGCAUAUCGCUGCAAUUACACCCGAAAGCGGUUCAGAACACUGUACCACAAUUUAUUUGGGCCCAAAAGGCCAAAAGCCCUGAAACUGUUGGGAAUGGAGGAUGAUGUCCCUUUGCGGCGAGGGAGGAAAACAACAAAGAAAAGAGAAGAAGAAGUUGAUAUUGAUUUGGAUGACCCUGAGAUCAAUCAUUUCCCCUUCCCAUUCCAUGAACUGAUGGUGUGGGCUGUGCUGAUGAAGCGUCAGAAGAUGGCACUCUUCUUUUGGCAGCAUGGGGAAGAGGCUAUGGCUAAAGCACUGGUCGCCUGUAAACUCUGCAAAGCCAUGGCCCACGAAGCAUCAGAAAAUGACAUGGUGGAUGACAUCUCCCAAGAGCUGAACCAUAAUUCCAGGGACUUCGGCCAGUUGGCGGUGGAGCUGUUGGACCAGUCGUACAAGCAGGAUGAGCAACUGGCAAUGAAACUGCUGACCUACGAGCUGAAGAACUGGAGCAACGCCACGUGCCUGCAGCUCGCAGUGGCAGCCAAGCACAGGGACUUCAUUGCUCACACUUGCAGCCAAAUGCUGCUCACGGACAUGUGGAUGGGUCGUCUCCGGAUGCGCAAAAAUUCUGGCCUAAAGGUAAUUCUAGGAAUUCUACUUCCUCCUUCAAUCCUCAGCUUGGAGUUCAAGAACAAAGAUGAUAUGCCUUACAUGUCCCAGGCUAACGAGAUCCAUCUUCAAGAGAAGGAGCCAGAGGAACCAGAGAAGCCAGUGAAAGAAAAAGAGGAGGAGGACAUGGAACUCACUGCAAACAGCAGGAGCUGCCCUCAGGAACCCGUCUGCAGGCAGGCAGAAGGACCUGCCUACAGGACCCAAUAUGCAGGCAAGCCGAAGGACCAACCCACAAGACCCACCUACAGGACCCGUUUGCAGGCAAUGCUUGGACGAGGGAAUGGAGAGUCCUCAAGAAAGAAAGAGGAAGAGGAAGUUCAGAGCAGGCACAGACUGAUCCCUGUUGGAAGAAAGAUUUAUGAGUUCUACAACGCACCCAUCGUUAAAUUUUGGUUUUACACACUGGCUUAUAUAGGCUACUUGAUGCUGUUCAAUUAUAUAGUGUUAGUGAAGAUGGAUCGCUGGCCAUCUACACAGGAAUGGAUUGUCAUCUCGUACAUUUUCACUCUGGGAAUAGAGAAGAUGAGAGAGAUAUUGAUGUCAGAGCCUGGGAAACUGUUACAGAAAGUAAAAGUUUGGCUGCAGGAGUACUGGAAUGUUACUGAUCUCAUAGCCAUCCUCCUGUUCUCCGUUGGGAUGGUGCUGCGUCUGCAAGAUCUGCCACUCCGGAGUGAUGGCCGAGUUAUAUACUGUGUUAACAUAAUUUACUGGUAUAUACGAUUAUUAGACAUCUUCGGAGUAAACAAGUAUUUGGGACCAUAUGUUAUGAUGAUUGGGAAAAUGAUGAUAGACAUGAUGUACUUUGUCAUCAUCAUGUUGGUGGUUCUGAUGAGCUUUGGUGUCGCAAGACAGGCUAUUCUCUUCCCCAAUGAGGAGCCUUCGUGGAAGCUGGCGAAAAACAUAUUUUACAUGCCUUAUUGGAUGAUCUAUGGGGAAGUGUUUGCAGACCAGAUAGACCCUCCUUGUGGUCAAAAUGAAACCAGAGAAGAUGGCAAAAUAAUCCAGCUACCUCCUUGCAAGACAGGAGCGUGGAUCGUUCCCGCCAUCAUGGCCUGUUACCUCUUGGUUGCAAACAUCCUUUUGGUGAACCUCCUCAUUGCUGUUUUCAACAAUACAUUUUUUGAAGUCAAAUCCAUAUCCAACCAAGUAUGGAAGUUUCAAAGAUACCAGCUAAUCAUGACAUUUCACGAAAGACCUGUUCUCCCACCGCCUCUGAUAAUUUUCAGCCAUAUGACUAUGAUAUUCCAGCACCUCUGCUGCAGAUGGCGGAAGCAUGAAAGCGACCCAGAUGAGAGAGACUAUGGAUUAAAACUUUUCAUAACUGAGGAUGAAUUGAAAAAAGUCCAUGAUUUUGAAGAGCAGUGCAUAGAAGAAUAUUUUAGAGAAAAGGAUGACAGAUUCAAUUCCUCCAAUGAUGAAAGAAUCCGCGUCACGUCAGAAAGGGUAGAGAACAUGGCCAUGCGACUGGAAGAAGUAAACGAGCGAGAGCACUGCAUGAAGGCCUCUCUGCAGACCGUUGACAUCAGGCUUGCUCAGCUGGAAGAUAUGAUGGGACGAAUGGUUACUGCCUUAGAAAAACUGACGGGCAUAGAGAGAGGUGAGACAACCAAGAUACGAUCCAGGACCUCAUCCGACUGUACUGAUGCAGCAUACAUUGUGAGGCAGAGUAGCUUCAAUAGUCAGGAAGGAAAUACUUAUAAGCUUCAAGAGAGCAUAGAUCCCACAGGAGAGGAGUCCAUGUCCCCAACAUCUCCUACCAUCACGCCCCGCAUGCGAAGCCACUCUUUCUAUGCAACAAAUAUGAAGGACAAGUGUGGUUUGGAAAAGUUUGAAAGCAUUUUUAAGGAAAGAUCGCCAAGCCUGCAUCGGGCUAUCAGUUCCCACUCAAUAGCAAAAGAAGGGAAGGUUCCCUUAGCCCCUACCAGCACUUUGUCAAUUGCCCCAGACUCCAGACGGCCUUCGUCUUGUAUAGACAUCUACGUUUCUGCCAUGGAUGAGAUGCAUUCUGACACAGAGCCUCUUGACAGCUCCAUAAAUAUUCUCGGUACCGGAGAUGCAGCUCUGCAGGCUCACAUAGCCUCUUCCAUUUUAGCUAACAGUGCGUACAUUAGCAGUAUACCUGGCGAAAAAAUUUCUGGCAGGAGCCUUGAUUACGAGGAAACCUCUGGAAUAGAAACAAGAGCAUUUUCUUCAGACUAUUCGCAAAUCACAGAUUGCCAAAUCCCGUGGGAUUCAGACCCUCCCUUGUAUCACACUUUGGAACGAUCUAAAAGCAGUCGUUAUCUGGCUACAGCUCCAUUUAUUCUGGAGGAAACGCCAAUUGUGAAAUCUCACAGUUUCAUGUUCUCUCCAUCUCGAAGCUACUUCAGCAGCCUUGGCGUCCCAGUCAAAACAGCAGAGUACACAAGCAUUACGGACUGCAUAGACACGAGGUGUGUGAGUGCUCCCCAGGCCAUCGCGGAGAGGGACAGUUUCCCUGGAAGUCUUGGAGGCAAAGUGGAAGACUUGGGAUGCUGCCACCCAGAGAGAGAAGCUGAACUAAGCCACCCCAGCUCUGAUCAUGAGGAUAUCGAGGCCAAAGACAAGAAGGGGAUCCCCUUAUCUCCUCAAGAUGGCAAUGCUACAAGAACUCUGGCCAACAGCAUCCCACUUCCAAAAAUAGAGCGGGCCAACAGCUACUCUGCAGAGGAGUCCAACAUGUUGUAUGCACAGCACACGCGGAAGAGCUACUCUAUCAGCGACAAACUCGACAGACAGCGAAACGCAACAGGCCUGAGAAACCCCUUCCAGAGGAGUAAGUCCUCGAGACCAGAGAGCAGAGGGGACAACCUGUCCAUGAGGAGACUGUCAAGAACGGGAGCCUUCCGCAGCUUUGAAAGCAAGCACAGCUAGGCCUAGACAAAUCCCAUCGGCAGUCUAAGGGUCAUCUGCUCUCCAGUCCAUUUUUCUUAGCAGAAUUAAAAAAAAAAACCCUCACGUCACCCUGCGUCAACUCCAGUUGGCGUUAGCCACUGGUCAAGGGAGCAGUACAUUGUCAGUCUCAGCAUCGCCCACUGAGUUACUGCAUCUUGACCCGGUUGACAUUUGCACUUAAAGAAAAAGGGAGGGAUGAAAGCUUUACAAAGACUUCAGUAAACAACAGGAAUAACAAGCCCCCUUUAUGAAGUCACAAGAAAUAAAUGAGUAGGUUCAGAAAUCUGCCUUUUAUUAGAAGGCAUCAUAAGAUCUUUGAUCAUUAUUCAAGUUUUUAGGAUGCAGAAAUUAACUGGCAAAAAGAGAUGUACAAAUUAGAUGUUCUAAACUUCAGUCACGACUUCUUUUUCAUCUGUUUCACCAUUGUGAUGACUGAUGAAAAGCAUUUGUUGUUUCUGUAGGAACUGGCAGCAAACAAACCUAAAGUCUCCCAAAUCCCUUCCAUCCCACACUUGUGGAAAUGAAGAAAGAUGAACAAGAUAACAACCAUAAUGUUCACUUGUCUCUUUUUGUAUCAACUUCUAGUGCCACAAAAAGUUUAUAUUUUCAAGAGCAGAAAGGGAAAUGAAAUGCCUUUUGUACUGCAACUUAAAUGGAGGAAGAUUUUAUGUUGAAGUAUCAGGUGAUUUCCUGUAUAAAACAGGCAUUCUAGAUUCUAGCACAGCUGAGCAAGCUCAGGAUGAAUGUAAUUAAGCGGAAUAGUAUAUAUUUAUUUUUUUACCACAUUUGUCAUCAAUAUGUUGUCUCACUAAAACAAACGAUGUGAUGGAACAGUAAGAACAGGGUGAUCAGAGCAGAGCACAGUAAUAUUGUCAGGUUCUCACUGCUCCGUUUAAUUAUGUAUACAAAUUGGGGAGAUUUAUAUACCAGGCUACUACCAGGCUCUUCUUGCUGUUCCCUUUGAGCUGCCGAUUUUUCACACCAUUCCCUCGCCUAAAAAUAUACACCUUUUUUUUUUUUUUUUCAUGAGGACAUGGCCGUAUUUGAACAUUUCAAAACAUACAAGAUUUAUCAAGCAGUCUGAAUCCAGAUUAAUGCAAUUAGACUGAAGUUGCUUAAGGGAAAAUGUUCUUGGCAGAGGACUGGAAAACACUAAAAAGUAUAUGUGCUUUUAAGGUAAGUUAAAGAACCAAAGUGAAACUGCAGGUGUCUUUAAAAAGCAAAAGCCAUCAGUUGCAACUAGGCUUCCACCGUUCAGCAGCAUAUCGCACAACGUGCAUUUUAGUAGGGGAAAGUACAUCAGAACGGCAGCGCAGUUGUGGGUUUUGGUUGAAGACAGUCCUAACUCCACCGACCCCACCCACACUCCAAGGGUCCACAAUGUCAACCAGAGUUUCAAACUUCUCAUGAGAAGAUAUCACAGUGGUCACAGGUGGAAGGGUAUGCAGAAGAUAGGAAAAGGGUGGAGAGGCAUAAACUGCAACGGGAUCAAAAUUUCACAUCCUUUACGAAGGCACAACUUUUAAGCUUGUAAAGAGUCGAAGCUAGUGCUAUAAAAAUUAAAACAUCUCUACAAUGACCAACAUCUGUGUAGAACCAGCUCCUUUUUGUUACUAAAAACAAACACAUGCGAGUGGGGCACAUACUUCCCAUUAUUUAAAUGGGAAUUAUCUUCCAAAUCUCUAAGGCAGCUUUGAAAAUGCAGGCUGACAUUUUCUCACAGGGAUCUCACCCUGGGAGACUCCGAGCACUGUACGAGAGCUAAGUCUGAAAGGCAACAAAUCCAGAUGUAAAAAUAAUCAUCAGCCUCAAGAAAAGAGGCAAAGAAGGUGAAAACAUUUAGGUACUGAGUCACUACGUUGGAAAGUUCAGGAAAUAAAGAAAUGCAGCAUGAGGACUUUAAGCACAAUGUGUUUCAUACUUCCUGCACCAACGUGUUCCUUGCUUUCCUCUAUUUGAUCAGGCUUUCAAUGAGCUAAACUCCACCAAGACACCAUGUUUAUGCAAUUGCCUUGCAGUCCAUGUGCAGCAUUAUGGUCACAUGGCAGCACCAAGAAAGGUCAGAAACCUUUCUGUGCAUUAUGAAGCAUGCUCGUGACAGGCUGAUUGUUGAACAAUAGCAAAAUGCCCAGGGGCAAAGGAACUUGUGUUUAACAAUCUGCUUCAAAUGUGCCAACUUCUGUUAGCAGCCUUUUCCUAAGGCUUCUCCAAAUCUGUCUAUCCUUGGUGAGUAGAGGGGGAUAUUCUCACUUUGUUUUCUUUGUUACUUUUACGAAUGUCUGCUAAAACUGUUCGUGGACUCUUCCACCUUCACCGUAUUACCGACCUACUCUAGAGGAACUUCAGAUUCAUUAGAAAUUCCUCAACAGCGCUUAGUGAAUUAGUUCAAGGCAUAGGGCUCUCCUCUGGGGUAGAUUUCAUCUCUUAGUUUGUCAGGGUACAGGAAUUUGCCAAACCCAGAAGCUGUAUAAAUGUUUAGGAUACAGCACUUUAUUGAGCUGGAGCACAAAUUCCAGGUAAAAAUGAAACAGGACACUUUAUUUACCUCUUAAAAUUUGCCAUUAUAUAUAAAAUGUAAAUUCAGAUGUUAAAAGCGUGAUUGCAAGAUGUCAGAUCACUACUUUUCCUGAAUGUUUCCCAUUUAUUCUACAAUGUGGUGUCUAUAGAAUAUAUUAUGAUGGAUGUUAGAUUAUUUUAUCUUCACCUGUUUUUUACACAUUGCAUCAAACUGCUCCUUUUUGAAUUUGAUGGUAAAACACCCAUUCCUUGCAAUGGGACCAGAUUUCCCACUCCCAAUAUUAUUAUGACCACUUAGUGAGAGUAGAAGUCUUCUCAUCCAUCAUCAUGUAGCUAUAGCAUGUGCCAUAUGACAUAUUCUGUAUCAAAUGGUAGCUUAUGAAAUAGAUGUAUAUACACACAUAUAUACAUAUCUCCCAUAGAUAAACCAGUAUAGUUGUGACAUGUGGUAAUAUUAGUGAACGUUACAGGACAGUUUUAAUAUCACGUUAUAAGGUCUUGUUUGUAAAUCUGUAACAUUCAAUAAAAUAGCACAUGUUGCAUCGAG